CACAAGGGGUGAACUGACCACUCCCAAAACAAUCAAAGAUGAUUCCUGGAAAUACAAAAUUGUCUUCUGGAACACCAAAGCAAUGUAAAAUGUCAUGGGAAAAAAAGGAAAGCUUGCAUCUCGCUAGGACACGUGUCUGAAAACCACAUGAAGUUAACAACCUGCCAGCAGGGAGCGGUAAAUUACCAAACCAGGCCGGGUCAGAGACUUCGGCAAUGGCAGCGCUGUAAAACUAGUGACAGCUGAGCAAACUGACUUGGCCAUCCCCCAGCUGAGCUCCCACCUCUCCCCCUCACCUAACCUGCUGGUGUCCUCAAUCCUGGGUCAGCAAUUCAUUGCAAAAACCUCAGGAGAACACAGGCCAGCUUCCAUACCACUGUUCCCCUAAGGUCUGCUCUCAGGCCAUGGCUGUUCACAGACAAACAUCAAAGAUGGUGCUGUAUCUUGUUUGGACCCUAUUGGGCUUCGGUCUUUGUGCCCCUCCAACUGAUCUGGACCCUGAAGCAUUUGGAUACGAUGAUUUAAACACGUUGGAUCUGAACUAUGAAUAUGAUGAGGAGGUUGAGACACUGGCUCCUCCUCCAGCAGUCACUCCGCCACCUGCUGUUGUUCCUCCUGAGGACUAUGUGGAGGAAGUCACACUGCCGCCCCGUCCAACAAAGUCUCCUGUCCCAUCAACUUUAGACUUACAUGGUCCGGGCCUGUUUGGGCCUGACACAGGCUUAGGGAUGCCCUCCUGCCUGCUGUGUGUGUGUAUCAGCGGCAGUGUUUACUGUGAUGACUCAGAACUGACUCAGAUUCCCCCUCUUCCCAAAGAAACCACACACUUCUACGCUCGCUUCAACAAGAUCACCGAGGUCAAGGCCACAGACUUCAUCAAUCUCAAUCAGCUGAAACGGAUCGACCUGAGUGGAAACCAGAUAGGUAAAGUGAACGAGGCCGCUUUUCGUUCCCUGCUUCAACUUCAGGAUCUCAUGUUGGCCGACAACAACAUCCAGGUACUCCCAGAACUCCCAGCUUCCCUGAAGCACAUUGAUGUUCGCAAUAACCAGCUAAGGAGUUCAAGCAUGCACGCAGAGGCCUUUAAGGAGAUGGAAGAGCUUCAGUUCCUGUACCUAUCAAACAACAAGUUAGACUACAUUCCCGUACCCCUACCUGACAGCCUACGAUCGCUCCACCUGCAGAAUAACAAUAUACAGAGCAUAAGCCAAGAUACUUUCUGCAACAUUCAUGACAAAAACUACAUACGGAAAGCCCUGGAGGACAUCAGGCUUGAUGGCAACCCGGUGGACAUCAAUUUCUACCCCCAGGCUUAUAUCUGCUUACCACGACUACCCAUAGGAACUCCAGUCUAGGAAAAUGUCCCUCUUUUUUUCCACAGUUUGUGUGUGUAUGUGUGUAUUUUCUGAACUUCUAAACUCCUCUGUGACCACAGCAAAAUAAUAUGAAGCAAAAAGAUCAAAUAAUGUCUCAAUCAAUAUCUAGGAGAACGUUUUUAUUUCCGAGCUUUGUUCUCUUUUAGCCAGUCACGCUAGGCAUGGACUCAGUGACUUUGCACUCAUUACAAUACAUGUAAAAAUGGCUCUGUUGCAAAAUCUAGUGAGCUAUCUCACCUACAUAGGCACUAAGAAUACACUAAGGAAUGAUCGAACUAAAAUUCCACCAUAAGUGACCAAUUUGUAACAGUCUACAUAGAGGCAAGCUAAAGUUACCUAGUUGCAAUAGUAAAUGCGUUUUUAUCUCACUCACGUUUGCUUUUGUUAACACUAUUGGUUGGGUUACGAGCACGUUUUUGGGAUGAUUUUUACCGAUGCUCUAUUAUUGAAUGAAUUCUAAGCAUCUAUACAGUAAAUGUCAAUUCUUUCAAUUCAUCCACCAUUUUUGGUGCACUUUUUCACAAAAUGCAUUGCAAAAUAUUAAGGGAUAGCCUUCUCCAUGGAGGAUAUGGGCUAGGUGAUGCUGCCUCACAAUUUGUCCAUAAAAAGGCAGUGUAAACAUGCUAACUACCUUUUGGAAUACUCUUCAUGUAGAGAGCAUGCCUAUGAUUUUUGUAGGAAGCUUACUUGUUUGGAACAGAG